AUGCAAUCACAGACAAACGAUGUCAUCAUCAAUGACCGCCCCAAAUUCCUUACUGCCUGCCCCAAUGACGACGACCAUUGCAUUCUUGCCCCAUCCGAAGAUCCUGACAAUGUUACCCGCCUCCCGCUAUGCAUCCACGGCACCAUUUCCUAUCUCCAUGUCCGCAAGCCUACCGCCACCAAAUACACAAACUGUGAACAUGUAUCCCUCACCGCUGACGCACCAGACUGGGACCCACGCACCACCAAAUACCGACUUGUUGAAGAUUCCCUGGUCGACAAUGCCGGAAGACUGCUGGAGAGAGGGGACCUGAAAGACCGCCACUUCAUUUCCCUGCUCUAUUCUGAACUCUCCACCAAUAAUCAGGGCAUCAUCUCCAAGCAACUACCCAAAGAGGAGCUAGGACUAUACUGCACCCAUCCCUGA